CGCAAGUGUAUGAGUUCACCAAAUUACACUGGAGCUUUAAAGUUGUACCUCAGAGUCAAAUGCCUCCACCACGUUUGGAGCUUUGAUGUAAAUGACCUUCAUAGUAGCUGAGGCGCCUCCCUCCUUCAGUAAACCGAAGCCAUCCUGAGUGCGCGGUGCUCUGCCUGCGGACAGUGCACCCCCAGUCCGUCCGUCCGUCCGUCCGUCCAUCCUUCCUACAGACCUGUGUUUGUUGCCGUCAGUGUCCCCCUGGUGAAGCUGCUGCUGCUGCUGCUCAGCAUGUUGUCGGCUGCUCCACGCACAUUAAUGACGCUUCCACUGCGCGCACAGGUUGGGAGCAUGGAUCUCUGAGCGCACGCACCGUUACGAGAGCAUUGAGCUGUUUAUUCAUCCCUGCAUCAUGGAGGCUCACCCUGGUGCAUCAUGGGAGCAGAUCAACCAUGUGACAGAUCUAUUAUAUGAGAAUUGAGAAGUCAUCAUGGAGACUGACAGCUACACCUCAAGCCUUGCCACCACUGACGGGGUCGGUACACUGGAGGUCCUUCAGGAGCAGGGGGGAGGGGGCUCACCCAGCAGCACCGCCUCCUGGUACAUGCCAUACUCGUUGGGUUUCCAGGUGUCCCUCACUGCCAUCCUCAUGCUAGAGCUGGUGUUAGGUUUCAGCAGUAACCUCACAGUACUGGUGCUCUACUGCUCUCAGUCUAAUUUAGUGGACUCUGUGAGCAACAUGGUGACUGUCAGUCUUCACGUCCUGGAUGUGGUGGUGUGCGUGUUGUGCCUCCCCCUCACUCUGAUGGUCGUGCUGCUACCUCCAGGAACCAACCUGGCCACGCUUUGCUGCUUCCAUGAGGCUUGUGUCACCUUCGCCAGUAUCGCCACAGCCAUCAACAUCCUGGUCAUCAGCCUGGACCGAUAUGACAUUUCGGUCCGACCGGCCAACAGGCUUUUGACGACACGCAGAGCGGCGCUGCUCCUGGCUGCUGUUUGGCUCACAUCUAUAGCUGUGUUUUUCAUCCCGUUUUUCGAGGUGCAGUGGUCCAAUGAGGAGGGACCAGAGGACAGAGGGCAGGCGGCACCUUUGUCUUUAUCUUCUCCCAGUAUCAGUGCAACUGUGGUGCCAGCCUGGCGCAAUCGGACACUGCUGUGUGUAGGUGGGCAAGGCUAUCACACUGGCCUGGGUAUGUAUUACCAUCUCAUCUUGCAGGUCCCCAUUUUCUUUACCACUGUGGGAGUCAUGCUGUUCACCUACUCCAGAAUAUUGAGAGCUUUAAACAUCCGCAUCGGUUCCCACAUGAAGAACACACGCUUUAGGGCCCCCCCCUGCAGAGGGCACCACAUCAAACAGAAAAAAGACCAGAAGAAAAGAAAGGCAGGAAUUAAAAUGACUGAUAACGAAGAGGCAGGAGGCGAGCACUGCACCACAGAUGGGACCAAACAGCUCAGCCACCCUCCCCUCAUCCCCUCACCCACUCCCACCCCCACUGCUACCUCUCCCCCCGCCCUGUCCUCUUCGGCCCCACUUGUCGCCUCUGAUAAAGGCGGUGCCACCCCCAUGCCAGCCUCCAUGGGCGUCCAGGCCUCUGUGUCAGCCAUCAUUGCUCUGCGGCGAGCAGUGAGGCGGCACAGGGACCGGAGAGAGCGUCAGCGUCGUGUGUUCAGGAUGUCCCUCAUCAUUAUCACCACCUUCCUGGGCUGUUGGGCUCCUCUCUCUGUGACCAAUGUACUAAUCCUUGGUGUUGGCCCUAGCGAUGCCCUGGUCAGCAUCCGCCUCUGGUUCCUUGCAUUGGCAUAUGGCACCACCGUCUCCCACCCGCUGCUUUACGCUUUUACUCGACAGAAGUUACGCCGUGCUCUUCGCGCAAAGGUUAAGAAGCGGGUGGUUUCCUUGCUCCAAGUAGAUCCUUCACCAGGUGGAACUGUCAUACACAACUCCUGGGUGGAGAACAGAAAAACCAGCCGGCAGGUGCGGCUGGAAGCAAGCGAAGGUACUGACCGCUGUCUGGCAGAGCCCUUGUGAGACUUAUGGACUUCUAAUUAAUACAUGAAAAGAGCCACAGGUGUGAGACAGGAUGAAAUGCACUGGUGCAUGAAGCCAGUGUAGGAAAUGUCUCAACCUCUGGGAGAUGUUUUAAUGUAACCACCAGCACAAAGGCCAUGCUAAACACGGCUAGCAUUCACCUCAGGCUGCCGUGGAAGCAGGAUGUUGUCAUUUCUGUGUUGAGCACAGCUGAGAAAUAUCAUACGACAAGAGACACAAGUGUAUAUAAUUUGUACUCUGUCCCGUGCUGAGGUCUGUUUACAUAUGGAGUUGUAUGAUAGAGCGUUCUCAUGGUGGUGCUUACAUAACUGCUCCAAAGAAUGUUUAGCCAGCAGAUGAUCUGAUCUGCCACCUACUCAAAUGCUCUAAGGCAGCUUAAAAACAACUCAAAUGUUGGUACAUUUUGAAAACAUAAAUACAGACCCUUUGAAUGUGUUUGAUAUUAUCUCUGCCUUAAUUCUGUGCUGAAAGUUUGGGCUAGGUGACAUCUGGUGUAUUCUGAACAAAGCAGGAAACACCUCAGCUAGCAUAGAGUAAUCACCACCAGACAUAAUGAUGAGAACUACAUGAACUCUAAAGAUAUUGAGUUAAUGUGUCAGAGUUUAGGCAGAAAACUCCACGGAGGACUGAUGUGAAUUAUAAAUAAGUAGAUACAUAUGGUCAAAUGUUCCAGUGUUUGUAUGACUCCUAACAAGGUUCCAUCAUAUACAGUAAUGGGAUCAGUUUUGCUUUCCCAAGUGGUGUAAUAGCUAAGAUUUUUGUCUGUUGCUGAAAAGAAUAGUACUUUAAACAAACUAAUUAGAGAGGAUAACUUUUUUUGAAAAUAUACGAUAUACAGACAAUAUAAAAAGAAAACCUUUUGGUGCAAUGCAAUUAUUUUGAUACAGAAUAAAUGAUAAUGUCACACUUAAAGGUGUGGUUUGUAAGAUAUAAGGGAUUUGGUAGGAUCAAAGUAUAAUGGUAUUAUAAUAUAAUGUCAUCAUUAUAAUAUAAUUAUGUUAUUAUUAAUAUAUAAUCACACAAAAUGAGAAUCAUGAGUGUUGUUAUUGUCUUAGAAACAACUAUCUAGUUUAUACUGAAGGAGCAGGUCUCCUCCGCAGGGUCUGCCAUGUUCCAGAACCAUGUUUCGUGUCAUUUUAAGUGACAUUCAGUGGUAAAGUUGCAUGUUCCAGAACAGUUCAUACAGACAGUGGUGAAGUUGACAGUUUAGUUUUUCUGGGAUAAUGUGACACCUGACAGCUCCAUGCAGGGAGUUUUGGUUCACUGAAAUUGAAAUGUUUUGAUAUGCCUUCCAAAGUAAAGAUUUUCCAUGUGGACAGGGAAAAUGAAUAGUUUAGGAAACAAAAGUGUCACACACCAAUUCACAAAAAAACAUUGUUUGUUUGAUAGUGUCAUGUGUUUUUAUAUGUCUAUGUCUCAAACAACAAUGACAAUAACAGAUAGGCCUAUAUAAAAUAAAUCUGUUUUGUUAAGUUUAAUAAGACCUUGUAACCUCAACAGAUUUAGGUCUUUGGGCCACUUUAUUACCAGCAGUACAUCGCAGUUGAUGAUGGGACACAUGCACUGUUGUUGUAGCAAAAUUUAAAAUAUUUUAGGUUGUUAAGUCAUCAUUUUAAGGAGUGAAAAGUGGAGCUAAUACUGCAGUUUCAAAGGCGGCUGGUUCAAAAAUUCAGAUACAGAUGAACUUUAUUGAUUCCAAGGGGGGUAUUUAGUUUUUUCAUCUGCUCAAUAGAAAGAAAGAAAGAAAGAAAGAAAGAAAGAAAACUAAACAAAAAUGAUCAAUCUGUGAACCAAAAGUGUGUCUGUGAUAUAAGAGGUAUAAAAAAGGUAUAAAAAAAACAGUUAAACUUCCCUCACCCCCCCCCCCCCCCCCCAUGACAACUAUACAGGGCGUGAAUUGCUAUAUAACUCUCCUGUUUUGAUUAUGUUGAGACAAAAAUUUAUUAGGUAUGAUAUUGACAGCUGUGAUUGACAGGGGAGUGACAUAUGUGGCUAGCAUUAGCUUAGCUGCUAAGUCAGACAUUCAGAAUUCUUGUUUAAAACUUAUUUUUCUCCUUGGCAGUCAACUCUACUAUAGUUGUAUUUCAGAUGUUACACUACCAAUAUGUCAGGGGAUUCUGUCACGUUUAUCAGUGCUUAAUUAAAAUAACUGGUGUGACUUAGCUAUAUAAGCUAAUGUUAUCAUUAAGUCCUAUUGAAUAAUAUGGCCCGUCAGCUAGCCUGUUAAUUAGCUCAGGUAGUUGUAAUUAGUGUGUUUAUACAUUUCAUGAUUUUGACAUUACUGUAAUCAAACACAGUUGUAUGUAUUAACAUUUAGUAAGUUGCUGGAAUUACAUGAUGGUGUUUUUCUUUACACUGUUAAUUAAUGGCUCAUUGCUCUCAGGGCUUUCUGGUUUUAUCCCACAGUUUUCUCUAAAGCCACCUUCUUCAUAAACAAAUGAGUGAUGUUACAGAGAGUUCAUUCAUCAUUUAUACA